CUUUGUACAUGUCAUCUUUAAGUAUGAAGUAAAACUGCUGAAAACAGUGUUCAUAAUAGUCAAAUUUCAAAUAUGGAUUAUUUUUUAUUUCCACUAAAGAUAUCUUUCCUUCUGGUUGUGGCUAUUUACGCUCAAGACAACAUUAUACAAAUUGAAUUUCGAAGGAUAUCCGACAGUCGACCAGACAAACCACAAAUAGUCACUGAGCUACUUGUUGACUAUUUCAGUCAUGAAACAUUCGAGAUAAUGUGUACGUUGAACGACGUGACUCACUUGAAUACUCUGAUUUGGUUAAUCCUUUGGCAGUCCGAUGGAACUUUACAAAUCAACUUGCAGAAUGAAGAUCCAUCGAAAACCGAAUCAUACCGGAAACCUACGUUUUAUUCAAAUGUUAAUAGGUGGGCGGCUGCUGGUUGCUUUGACAAUUUGACAAGGAAUAGUCGCAACUCAACACUUGGUGUGUCUCGGCCGGUGUCUUCAUUUACUUGUACAGAUGCGAGGAUGUAUAAGUGUACUGUAUAUUACAUUACUUCUGGUAUGGUUGAUAAACUCAGAUAUACACAAAAGAGACUUAAAGUACGAGUGACACCCUCAAUCAUCACAAAACAAAUCUUUGAUGCAAGCGGAGAUGUUGAAACUAUAAUUUCUGAAUUAACAAACACAACUACAAUUAUCCAUGUGGGUCAGAAAUUACGGCUACAAUGCACGGCGAACAUUGGGUCUUUCAACUCAUCAGUGAAAAUUGUUUGGAUGAAAAGUAGCCUGGAUAAUAGUAUCCAGCUUGUCCCUUUUACCUCUGGGAAUCAGAUAGUCGGAGAACCGAAGGCUUUUGGCAGUUGUGAGUUUGAAAAAACGGACUCUUUAUUGUACGAUGUUAGUGUAGAAGACGCUUUAAGAACAUCGGGAAACCGCUUUCAUUUCCAAUGCUACGUUCAUAUUAUGUCGAUAAACUGGAAAACACCUGAACAGCACAGACCAAAUUUUAGUUUUGUUGUCCAUAUGAAUGAUGAAAAAACGAAAGCUGAUGAGUUAACUGGUAUAUUAGUAUUUAUUGGAGACUUUUGUGCUUUGGUUAUUCUUGGAAGUGUCGGGAUAUUCCUGAAGAGAAAGUUCUCAAAUCAACGCUUUUCUAAAGCUGAUGAAAAGUCUGAGCAAACCAGUCCUCGCCCGGAUGAAACAAAUACCACCUUCCCGUUGUCAAGAGUCAUUGAAACAUCAACAGAAAUAGAUUGUCCAAUAUACGAAAACUACAUGUAAAUGAAGACUACAAAAGGCUGCACCAGUUUCGUUUUAAUUUCCUAGACGUGAGACAAUAACAUGUUCAUAUCAAACAUGAGCAAUUUUGACCAGACACUUUUUGAUUAACAUAUGUUUCAUAUUUGUAAAUAGCCCAUUUCCUAAAAUAUGAUACUGGUGAUAGCUUUUACGCUAUUGUUAUUGUAUCAAUCACAUUGACAGAUAAGUCAAAUUGUUUUGCAAAUUGACAAAAGGAGAUUUUGACUUUAAUUUUUUAUCAUCAACGAAUGUUAAAAAAGGUUAUUGGACAUUUACUCAUGUUCCCGCUCUAUUUUAUAUUUGAGUUGAAUCGUCUGCAAUAUGUCUCUUACGUCAAGCGGAAGUAGUUUGGGCCAUAAUAGUGCAUGUUCUUGUUACUUCUGAACCAAGUGGUGUGCAAACAAUUUGAAAUUUAAAUAAUCAUUACGUUUAAAGUAUUUUUUUAAUUUGUUCCUUUUUUAAUGAUAUAAAAUUAUAUAUGUAUAUAAACAAAAAGGGGAAGUGAAGAAAAUGAAAGAAAUAUAACAGUAUGUUAUUGUGCAUAGUCUAAUAGUUUGUUUUUUCUUUUUUAAACGUUUGUGCGCUAGAUAAACAUGUUUACAACUGACCGAUUACUAAGUUCUUUAUAUCUGAUUUUUCAUAAAUAUUCCAAGCAAGUUUUAAACUACUUUUUAACCCAAUAAAGGAUGGUUUCAUUUUUUUUUUCCUUUAAAAUAAUGUUGUAGUUGACAAUGUUUUUAAAGAACAUCAUAUUAGUUUAUCAGCAUACCAAUUAAACCAUUGAACAAUGUUAAUUGUUCAUACAAUCAUUGUAAAUCAUAUGAAUUUGAUACCAAUUGAUAAAUAUUUAUAAAUAGUGUCAUUUAGAUGACAUUUUCACACCUUAUUUGCUUGCAAUCCAAGCCAUUGGUUUGGAUUGGUUUCAUCAAAUCUUGAAUUGUCGUCUUGUAGCAACGCGAGACAAAAUUAACUUGAACAACCAAGCCAAAUGUUCCUGGAGAAAAGGUAUGUGUGGCAGUUGAAGAGUAGAAAGAACAUAAUGCCUGGUAAUCGAAGUGUAAAGCAUCAAAAUGAUCCUUGUUUUAAACGUAGUAGUUACACACAUAACAUUAGCUCCAUGAGUUUUCUGACCCAGCUGAGAAAAGGUAUUGAACGAUUGUCAGAAGGAUUCGAUGUGUUUGACUUUUCAAAGAUUAAUUUCCAAGAGGAAGUAAACAGUGAAAGUUUGAGUAUGAUGACGUAAAAGUGAGAUAAUUGUUCGUUUGAAACUGCUUCAAUAUACCAUGUAUAUAAUG